ACAUUGGAUGACGUAGCGCCCGAGGAGGAGUUUCCUGCUAAUCCAAACAUCGACGAAGCAACAUCAUCCAUCCAUCUCUGUUUAUCGAUACCAAAUCACACCUCAUCGAGCUACCUAACAGCAUGGCUGCUCAGAAGAUAAACGAAGCUCAUGAGCACAUAGCUAAAGCUGAGAAAUGCUUAAAGACAGGUCUGACUAAGUGGAAGCCGGAUUUUGACAGUGCUGCGUCAGAAUACGCCAAAGCAGCUGUCUGCUUCAAGAAUGCGAAGCAGUAUGAGCAAGCAAAGGAUGCUUACCUGAAGGAAGCUGAAUACCAAACAGAAAACAAGACGCUUUUCCAUGCUGCAAAGGCUAUUGAACAGGCAGGUAUGAUGAUGAAGGAACAAAAGAAGAUGCCAGAAGCCAUCCAGUACAUAGAGAAAGCCUGUAUGAUGUACAUGGAGAAUGGGACUCCUGACACUGCUGCCAUGGCUCUGGACCGGGCUGGAAAACUGAUAGAGCCUAUAAACGUUGAGAAAGCUGUGGACCUGUAUCAGAAGGCAGCUGGCGUGUUUGAGAAUGAGGACCGCCUGCGUCAGGCAGUUGAGCUGCUGGGGAAAGCCUCCAGACUUCUGGUCAGGUUAAGAAGGUUGGAUGAAGCAUCAGUCGCUCUGCAGAAAGAGAAGAACAUGUACAAAGAGAUUGAGAACUUCCCCAUGUGCUUCAAGAAAACAACUGCUCAAGUGCUGGUUCAUCUUCAUAGAGCGGACUACGUAGCAGCUGAUAAAUGUGUCAGAGAAAGUUACAGUCUGCCCGGGUACAGUGGAAGUGAAGAUAGCGUUGCCAUGGAGACGCUACUGCAGGGCUAUGACGAGCAGGACGAGGACCAGGUCUACCGUGUGUGCAACUCACCUUUACUGAAGUACAUGGACAAUGACUACGCCAAGCUGGCCAUUUCCCUGAGGGUACCUGGAGGAGGAGGAAAGAAGAAGAAGGCUGCUGCUGCUCCACAAGGCGGCGCUGAUGGGGCGCCAGCUGCCGGCGAGGAUGAGGAUGACUAUGAGGGAGGGUUGUGUUAGCCUUCAGCCUGUUCGCAUCUGCUGCUCCACCACUACACCCUCUGUGUACGAGUUAAAAACCUCAACAAAACCCUUUUAGCUCCAGAUGUGUGGCUGUUAAAUCUUUAUUGUGCAAGAAAUAAGAAAAAAUUUAAAUUAAAAAAACCAACAACAGUUACAGUCGGUGUUGCAGAAGAGUCGACCCGAGUUUAAGCAGCCUUUUUAAUUUGUGUUUUUUUAUUUUUGGUGGAGCCUCAGUGUAAUGAAAAAUCUUCAAUAUUCAAUAAUGUAUGAAAGCCUGUUGUAUGUAAAUGUCCAAUUAUUUCUUGUCUCUGUGACGCUGUAAACUUUGCGCUUAUUGUUUGCGAGUAGAGUCUUAAGAUUGCUAUUAUAAGUAUAUUAAAAUCAGAAAUACUCUAAAUAUGUCUAAUGAUCAGUGUAUAGGUGUUUAUUUGUACAGAGUUAAAUUAUUCAGUAUUCAUGGCUGCAGCCUGUUGAAAAUACUACUGGAACAAUAUGCAAUCACUUUGUUAAUGCAUGUUUGAAAUAACGUAAUUGUAAAUCAAAAAUCAAAGCUAUGAAUUUGUGAAUAUCAAGGCUUAACAAUAUUGACACUUCAGCAUCAGCGCUUAUUCAAGUUGUUCAAGAAAUUUAACAACAGUACAAUUCCUGAUGGCGCAGCUUGUAGCCAAUUGUGGACCGUUUUUAAGGUGUGUGUGUUCUUCACCUUAAACAAAAAAAAAUAGUCAUGGUCUUUAUUUCCAAUUUCCACAGUACAAUCAUCCAAUUAAAGCAACUAAACAUAAAAAAGGGACCAUGCAUUCCCCACUGAUUUCCUCUUUGAUGCUGAAUUUGUGAUUUAGCUUAUCGCUUAUCCUGUAAAUGUGAGAAGUUUAUUGGGGACAAAAUCAUUUACAUGCCAAUUAGAAUUAUUCUGAUACCACAUAACUAAAAGGUGAUAAAGGGAUUGUUUACAUUUUUUAUUUGUGCUGUUGUUGCCCACUUCUGUCUCCAAAACUUUGCACAUGCAUCAAUAAACAUUUCCAUUGUGUGGCAGUU